GUGGACCUAUGAAACACGCGUGCAGGAGCUUUCGGUGUUGGGGACAGCGCCCCGUUUACCAUGCACCUGAAGCACCGGUCAUGAGCAGUCCACCGGCGCUCUAGGCCUACUAGACGAAGGGAUCCGCACGGCUGCCUACGCUCUGAAGAAGCAGCUGAAGGCUCAGAUGUACCAUGGGGAACACCAUGAGGACUGCUGAACCCAGCAUGGCUGAGGACAAUGCCGCCGACUACUAUGACUCCCAGGAGAAAGUGACAGAAAGUGACAUCCUCGUGGUGCUUCAUGACUACCCCUCACCCACUGUCAGUGAACCCAUCUUCAGGACUGGAGAAAAGCUCAAAGUCUUGUCAGAAGAGGGAUGCUGGUGGAAGGUCUGCUCAAUACUAACAGAGAAUGUAAACUACAUCCCAAAUCACCAUGUUGCUAAAGUGUACCACAGCUGGCUGUUUGAGGGGGUGGACAGACAGAAGUCCGAAGAGCUGCUUUAUCUUCCCGGAAACAGAGUUGGCUCCUUCAUGAUAAGAGAGAGCAUGAGACAGAGAGGCACGUACUCCCUCUCUGUCAGACACAGGUCCAUAAAGCAUUACCGCAUCUUCCGUCUGCCCAACCACUGGUACUACAUCUCUCCACGACUCACUUUCCAGUGUCUGGAGGACCUCGUGAACCACUACUCUGACUCAGCUGAUGGCCUGUGCUGCAUGCUCAACGCUCCCUGUUUGGCACUCACGCCCAGUCCCCUCGGUCGGCCCUCCCAGGCCGCUCCGAUAGUGAUGAGGCGGAACCUUGACCGGAGGAACGCAGACAGGUCCGAGCUGGGGAAUGAGAACGGCGGGUUACACUCGGACGCCAGCGCUGCGCUGAGCUUCGGCCUGCGGGACAGCAUAUCCUCCUACCUGUCCCUGGCUCGGUCGGAGGAUUUCUGGAGCCGCAAGAGCAACCGCAAGAAAAAGAGCAAAUCAAUGUACGGGCUGCCAAGCCAGCAGUACAGACUGGACACUGAAGAGGACUAUUUAGAGGGUGAUAUCUAAGUGCUCUGCCUGCUUUAGAGAAUGAGAGGUGUUUGACCUUAUAGACUCCUGGUCAGUGACUUGACUCUUCUCUUUUACUGAGCCGUUGGGCAGUUGACAUGAAUGUCUGCUUUUUCCGAUCUUCUACCAAACUGUUUCGUUACAAGCCGAAGAGCUGUGAGAAUGUCACCUGUAGAAGAUUGUAUCACUUUAUAGCGCAAUGCGAUGAUAUGUAAAUAAUAAAAAUUAUUUCUUCAAACAAAAGAGGAACCACCUCCCACACAUUCCAUGCUUUAAAUAAGAUGGCUUCUUUCUUUGUCUGUGUUAAUAUAGUUCAGUAAUUAUAAAAUAGUAAUUCAGUAGUACUUUUCUUUUAAAAUGUAACUUUAUUCUGCAGUGCAUGAAUGUAAAAGAGAAGGCAGAUUUACAGAAUAGGGCUGUAAUCAGAAUAUUCCAGAACAUCCAGUGGAUCUAAGAAACUGCUCAUUGCAAACGGUGCAGCUGAGCACAGUUCUGAUUUUUACAAGAACUGUGAUCAGCGCAAGAAUACGAAACGUUUAACUCCUAGGUUGUAAGCACAAUCCUCCUUCACCACCUCCACAUUGUACAGGGAUUUUUUUUACCCUGUAUGACUCACAGAUAGAUAGAUAGAUCACAUGGAAGGCAUGGAGGAUGCUCAUUCAGACAUGUGAUAUAAUAGAACACUGAUAAUGAAGUAAAGCAUAAUGUGACAAAGUGUUAAAAAAUGUUAUAUAAUAAAAUGAC